AUGACCACCUUUCAGCCGUCAUCCACCGGACUUGCGAACGACAUGCAACCCUUACUGUCACCUGGCUUCACGACACCACGCAGUCCGCAUUCACUGUCCGACAACCCGCGGCUCACCCUCUUCGCCGCGGCGGAGCAGGUGCAGCAACAAUCUCUACAGUGUGCGCUCAACGUGAACGUCAAGGUGCCUGCGCUUAACCUGAACGUCAUCCCAAAGCUUCCUUCGCUCGAGGGCCUGCUCAAGCAGAUGCAGACGAGCUCGCCCACGUUGUCCGUCGCACCGUCUCCACAGCACCCUCGACUGAGCCCAGUGUCGCGUGACCUUGCUUCCAUGCCCUCGCUGCAAACCGUGAUCAGCCCUAUCAUGACCAAGCGCGUACUACCUGUGACGCUAAUGCCACAGACGUCUUUCUGCGGUGUGACCUCCUGUGCACCGCAGACAUACCAACAGAUGAGCUCGUCUAUGGGUCCAAGUUUUCCUGGCAAGAAGCGCUCUUGGGCCGAUGUCAAUCCUGUUCAGCAGGUGAGGUACCCGACCAAGUCUCGUGUGUCACCUGGCAGCCAGCAGCGCAGUUGUGCGUCUAAAUACUGCAGGAUUGAGGGCUGCGAGCGCGUUUCGCAGCGUAACAACCUGUGCCACAGUCAUGGCGGUAAACGGUUGUGCAAGGAAGAGGGUUGUUCGUCAAAGGAUCGUGGCAACGGGUUUUGCAUCAAGCACGGUGGUGGAAAGAUCUGCUCCAUGGUUGGUUGCGAGAAGAAAGCUCGGCGGAAAGGGCUGUGCACACAGCAUUUUCGCGUAUCAAGCGAGUACAAUUUGGACGGCGUCGUAUCCUGCCUUUCCUUUCAUGACCGAGCCUAG